ACAUAUUUUCCAACUGCGUGGCCACACGUACUUGACUCGGAAUAGAGUGACGCAAACGUGGUGCCAUCAAAGUUCUUUCCUGUAGAAUCUCUGGUGCCAUUCCCUUUAGACUUGAGAGAGUCUGGCGAUAGUCCAUUAGUGUUCAGAAAGAUACGCUAAGCGGCAAGAUUAUUGACCAUUGUUUAUGUUUUUUUCCUAGCAGGAUGGAAAACAGCACCGUUGUCAGAGUGAAAUAUAAAGACCAGAAGAAAUAUGUGUUUUCUCCAACAACAUUUGAAUCAUUUUUGGAAUGUGGUGAGGGUUUAAAACAUAAACUUUAACUUCAUAAACACCUGUAAUGUCUUGUAAUGUUUAAAUUAUGUGUAAAAUCAUUUGUUUUCUAAAGUUGCCAGGAAAUUUGACCUUCCGACAAUGGACAUUAAAGUCUUUGAUGAGUCAAGGACUGAGGUUGAUCAGGAAGCUUUUGAAUACUUGAUGAAACAGCCAAAUGUUCCAGUCCUGGAAAUUGUUAUCCCAGAGACAACAUCUGAAGAUUCUUUUAACUCAGGCUCCCUUGCUGAUGCUGAGGCUAGUUCCGGGUCUGAUGACACUUUGAUACUGACACGUAGUCCAAGAGCAUUGAGACGAGGAGAGAAAUAUCGUCUUGCCCAAAUGGUUGAAGACAUCUUAAAAGGAAGUCCAGGAGGGGACAAGAUCAUGAAUGAAUAUGCUCGAACAAAGUGUCUGUCAGAUAGCAGAAGGCGUGACCUGGUGAAGAUAUUGGUUGCUCAUAUGACAAAGGAACAUGGAACAAGCCCGCCUCGGCGUGUGAAGGAAGACUACGCACUGGGCAUCAUCUCCCUCUUCCCCUAUUUGGCUGACCCAAGGAGCAAGCUUGGCUAUGAACAUUAUUACAAUGCAGAAGAUGGAAGUGGCUAUUUGGCAUGGAGGAUUAAAACACUGCAGAAAGAAGCAUCAGAGGGACGAGUUAAGCGUCCACGACUACCGCAAGCAGGUGGGCCAUCUGUUGACAGAGAUCCUUGCCAGGAAGGCAAUUGGUUGAGCGAUGAACGCCAGUGUCAGGAAGCGAUUGCUCUGAUGAAGCACACGGCUGAUGAAUCGGUGGUGAAGGAAAAGAUGAGGUUAACCCUUGUCUAUCGCCAGAGGAUUCUGCGUGACACUGACAAGUCAACUGAUAUUCUCGCCAUUUUUCCAAGAUUUAUGGACAUACCAGGCCUGAUUGAGCAGGAUUUUGCACUUCUCUUUGGUGACUCAACCUCUGCAAAGCUGAUGGAGAAAUGGUCCACCAACAUAAAACCAAAAGUCAUUUCACAGAGCCGUGGCCUGACACAGACUGGGGAGCUCCAAGACCUCAUCCAGAAUGCUGUUGCUACUGAAGUUGAAGAAGGUUGGGACAGUGACAUGUCAUCCAUACUGCUGCUGGUCCACCUUCUACCACCCUCCAAUCCAGGGCGCAAAAGGCCAGGAAGGAUUUCAGCUCAGGAAGCCUGUGAUCGUGUGGUGAAAUUCAUCAAGACUGGUGUCAGCAUAGAGGGCCAUUUGGAGGGCAUCACGCAGAGUCUCCAGCCGUAUCUACUUGCAGUUGGACCAAAGAAAAGUAGGAUCCAGUCUUACUUCAUUGUUGUUGACAAACAGGCCUUGCCAUGCAAGUCUUCCAAUUCACUGGCUGCAUUCGAUGAGCUUUUUAAAGCUCAUUAUGUUUUCGGUACCACUUACUGCCAUGACCUUACAAAUGUGUACACUUUCUUGCAAACAGCCAUCUAUGACAUAGAUGUUGAAAUCACUAAAGUCAAUCCAAGAGUGGCUGAGCUCAGAGCACGAAUGCUGCAGUAGACAAGAAUGAUCUGUUUCAUUUGUCAGAAGAGUCAAGCUAAUGCUAAUGGCCUUAUACGGCACUUCAAACUUGUUCAUGGUCUUUGUUCGGGCAGAAGCCUGAAGUUAAAAUGUGGCCAAAGAGGCUGUUCCCAUGUAUAUCAUAGUUU